AUGGCGCACUGUGGACGACAACGAGACCCUAGCGUGUCUUCUCGCCGAAGCGCGGAACGCUGGCCCUCGUCAGUGGCCCCAGCGGCGGGACGCGUGGGUUUGUCGGUGCGCUUUGGACGCGGCUCCCGUCGAAUGGUGUGCCAGGCGGUGGCCGGCACGCACAGUUUCGGCUGGAGAGUCGUGCAGGAAGAGUCCGAGCCGUCGACGAUCGGUUUGCGACCGCGACGCUCUCCGCGGGCCGGACAAACUACCGGUCACGUGCGGGCCGGUCCGGCGUCAUCGGCUUCUGCUGUUCGGGAUCCCCGCCGGGCCGUCGACAUCCCGAAUGUGAAGCCAGCUGUCGUCGAGCGCGUCCAGAAGCGGGACCCGGCCGUUACCUCGGCUCCGGCCUGUGCACGGGGCUUCACCCGCGAGCCUGCAACGCCGCUGGCCCGAAACGAGUCACCGCCGCCGCCGGUAUUGACGCCAUAUGAAGUCUUCGUCGCUCUGAAGCGGCCACCUCUCCCUCGCCCGCCGAGGGGGCAGUGUCCAGAGGAGUGGACCGUAGAGGACGUGGCCGAGUUCGUCGCGAGAUUGCCGGGGUGCGAGCGUUACGCCGAGCGAUUCCGCGACCAGGAGAUCGACGGCGAAGCGCUGUUUCUGUUGAACGAGCGCCACCUGAUGUCGGCGAUGAACAUGAAGCUGGGACCAGCGGUCAAGGUGUGCGGAAUGAUAAAUUCGCUGCGAGAGGUGCGCUAA